AUGUCGUUGGAGGGUCCGAUGCCGUCAUCUGCGGGACACCUGCCGUCCCCAUUCACCAAUCCACAGGACAUGGCGUCAAUAUCAGGACCCGAUGGCCUCUCGUCACCCUUCGGCAGCCUCGAUGGCCACCGCCUUUCAUCCCACCCCGUGGCUUUGGGUCUCUUGAGCCCCAGCGAUAUCGUCGGCCCUUCGCCCGUGACAUCCAACGGCACCGAAACCACCGAGAUCGAGGACGAUGUGUCGGACGAGGUGCACCUCGCCCACACGGCCGAUGCCGUUGUCACUCGUCGCUCCGAAGUUGGUAGAGCCAGUCGAACGGUGUCAACAUCAUACACGACGGUCCCACCAAUUUCGACGGAUGUCAACCCAGUGCGAUACAGCGUCGACAGUGCCACCCCUCGAGCCCAAGACGUGCAAGACAUGUUAACCGGCGAUGAGGGCCGGCCGCGGUCGAGGAGUGUAAGUGCGAGUGGUCUCGAGAAGAUCGACGAGCAGACCGAGGCAGAGGGUGAAGACGAUGAGGACGAGAACGAGUAUUCGGCCAUGGCCGGGUUGAGACAAGCUCAGGCCCACGACGAGAUCACGGCCCUGCGCACUGCCCUCCAUGAGUGUUGGACGCUGUGCAACACCUUGGCCAACCUGAGCUCCAUCCACCGCACUCGAGUGUUCAACAGUUCGGGAACUCCGGAUGCGCACGAGAAAGCGUGGAAAACGUGCUGGCAGCUCUGCCAGCGCCUUUACAACAACCAGGACGACGACGCCGGAUCAUUGCAAGUACGGGUCAAUCUCGACCUCUGCCGGGACUUUUGUCAAGCUCUGUUCGAUAUCCGACAGAGAAAGCACGAGACGGACGACUCCGUCUUGCGGGUCAGCUUCGAGCUCAACAACCACCUGUACAGCGCGCAGGACAGGCGCAACCUCCCGGAGGCUUUCAGGGAGAGGACCCUAGACUUUUACAUUACUCUUUGCCACCGCCUCAUGAAGCAGCGCAACGAGCUGGCGGAGGAAACGGACCAGCUCUUGAGCGCAUGCUGGACCUUGGCGGAGAUGCUGUUUAGCCUCCGUCAACGCAAGCGGGAUGACCGCUCACCCGACCACGAGCUUCUCGGUUCCGCCGUUCAGGCGUGCUGGGACCUGUGCGAUAUUUUCCGCGACGGCUGGACUCAAAUCCGACCGGACAGGAACACGCCACGACCAAGCCAGGCGAGCUUCUUCUCCCAACAGCCGACGGAUCUGACUGGACGCGAGAGCCAGCAAUCCAGCCGUUCGUCCAUGCAUUCGAAACGCGAGAGUGUGAAGAGCAGCCACGACGAACGACAGCCAAAUCCUGCGCCCGUCCCGGAGACGCCCGUGACGGAGUUUGAGGACACCCCCAUUUCUCCCGAAAGCCGCUCCCCCCAGGCACCCAACAUCAUGGUUCUGGGCGACAGUGGCCGUGGUGGGAGGUGGUCGAGCAACGCAUCCAACAUGUCGAGCUAUUCUCGCAGCACCAACCGCACCUCCAGCACCGCUACCACGACCGCCGCCAGCGAAGACCCCAACGUAUCCAGAAGCAGGCUUCUUGUUCUCCGAGCGGCCAUGAACCUGGGCUUCGACCGGGACGCCAUGACGGAUCCAAAGGCAGGUGCCGCAUCCCUGCAAACGUUUGUCCAAGCACUGCCUGCGUCAUCCUUCGGCACACUUCCCAGCCAUGCAGCCCUUCUGCAGCAGUACAAGAGCUCGGUUCUCACGGAUGCCUUCAUCCCCCGCAACCACCCGACUCCCACCCGAGGCAAGCGCGUCUCGGCUCGCGACAUGGCACAGAGCGUUCACGCUAUGAGCAAUAGCUCGUCACGAUACGCCUACCUACGCGAGCUGUUCCAUUUUGUUUUCAAGUUUCCCCUUGAUGAGGUUGAGUCCCGAGGCAACGUCAGCAUCGUCGUCUGA